CUAAUUCAUAAUCCAGAACCUCUGGGCUCUGGCGAUACGUGUUUGAAAACGGCGAUAGCAGAUGUGAAAUUUGAACUCAAUGCAAAUCUGGAAAUGAGAAGCUAGAGGUAUCAACAUUCCCCACGCUCAGGAAACUGAUGACCACGCCUGUGCGGAACCAAGCGUCGAAACUGAAAUAGUCCAGACUGCGACACGUAAUCUAACGCGGGGUUCUCAUUCUCGGAGCAUAUAUAAAAAAAUAAGGCGUCGCAAGAGGUUAAUACAGAGCUAAUGGCUGGUCAAGAUCAAAAAGAAGACUGUGUUAAGAUGGGUCCAGAGGCUGAAGAACAAGUAACUUGUUUAGAGGUGAAGAGUGACUAUGUUGAAGAACCAUCCAGAAAUAAUUCAUUAGACAUAAUCAAGAAGCUUGGCUUCUUCCAAUCAAUGAGUACGGAUGAAAAGAUUAAGCAAUUCCAAAUGUUUCUCACAACUGCCCUGAUAAACGAUCUGGUACGCCAGCUGAGUGAAGUGCAGUAUCUGUUUCUAUUACACUACUUUGUUAUGGCUCUUUGUUCUAGGGGCCAAGCACAGGAUCUAUCUGAAGCUGAAAAACAGAUUAUGGCAAUUAAGAAAAUGACAAAGGAGACCCCAGAAUGUCAAAGUUUUGUGUAUGUCGCGUAUCACACGUUUGGCUGUUUAUACUUCAAGCAAAAUAGAUUUGAAGAGGCUAUGAAAUGGUUUCAGAAUUCAAAGCAAGAAUUUCAGGAUAACCCUCCAACUAUAGAAUGGACUGAUGUGGUGCUAAAAGCAGAAGAGAUUGAACCAAAACAUUUUGUAAUCAAAAUAAAUGAAUAUAUUGAAAUGUGUAAACAUGCUCCUAAUCCUGUAGCCAUCUGCCAAGAUGCAAAUUGUUAUGGAUAUUACAAAAGGGAAAUCUAUCCAUCUGACCCGGAUUACAAGGGCUAUAUAGAAUUUUGCUGUGACUCUUAUUGCUUGAUAGCCUAUCAUCUUACUUGCUGGAAAAGGUUAAAGGAGACUCAGUAUCAUGGAAAAUCUAAUCAGGAUUUCUGUUCAAUGAAAUGUAUGAGCAGUGACUGUAAAGGUCUGAUCAUAAAAUGUGUAAUUCACCAAGCUUCAGGAAGUAUACAGACUGAGUUUGAGAUAAAAAUUUCAGACCUGUCACCACAAAUUUCAGCUAUAAAACAUGAACAAAAGGCUGUAGAUACCCUGGAAGGAUCAAAUCAAUGUAAUGAACAGAAUGAGUAUGAGAAAGGAAGGAAAGAAAAAGAACCAGCUCUAUCUCUGUCAACAGAUUGGGAUGUUUCAAGACUAGGGUCUCCCAUGGGAGACCCUAAUGUGAAUGGGAUUGGGGCUGGGAACCAGUUUGAUGAACAGAUAAACUUGGUGAAGAGUGGAACGAAACUGAGCAUGCUUCCAAAGAUUAAAAUUCCACCACCACCUCCACACCCUGAUGCAGUUAUGAAGCAUUUUCUGGAACAGCAUUUGCAAGCGAAAGCGAACAAUGUGCUGACAGGAUUCGGGCCAUCGAAGUCUUCGAGUGGAAGGCUGACAAGUGUCACAGGGCAGGCUGAAGCUUCGGCAGCUGCAUACGAACAGGUUCGAGGGACUAUCCCGAUAUCUGAACAAACCACAUCCCAGCAAUUUUUACCUGCUGCCAAAGGACCAGCAGGGCUAACGGCAACACCGGGAGGAACCCGUGGAAAGAACAGUUUUGAGAGAAUAAUGGAGAGGCUUUCAACAUCGUAUCCCCAUUUUACCAGGGGGUCAUUAACCGACUUCUUGAAAGAAGUAAGGCUGUCCAAUGGUGGAUCCCUUUCAGGAUUAUCCUAUGAUGAAAUUGUCAAUAAAGUAGCACAGUUGGUUGAAUCAAAACUCUCUGAGAGCAGCAACAGUGAUCAAAAUCAGCCCCCUAAUAAAUUUGCUUGGAGUUCAUCAAGGCAGCAGGAAUUUAACUCAUGGGAAGGAGCCAGGGCAAUGACCGAGGAACAAGACCCUUGUGUGAUCUGUCAUGAAGAACUUACUGUAGAGUCUAUGCUGGUUUUACCAUGUGCCCACAAGUUCCACUCCCAGGUAUAUUCACAUUUUGCCUUUAUUAACUUCAUUUUAUGCCUUACACAGAGCAAAUAA